AUGAGCGCCGUUCCCUCCGUUUCCGCCUUGUUGGCUGUGUUCAUAUACUCGGGUAAAGCGCUCGGCACACUCCACUGGACCCCCUGCCCCUCGAAUCCGACCUUCGACUGCACAACGCUACCAGUCCCCCUCGAAUACGCCGCCCCAAACAACGGACAGUCCGCAUCCAUCCCCCUCGCCCGCCUCAACGCCACCGUCCCGCCAUCCAAACGCAAAGGCCCCCUCCUCACGAAUCCCGGCGGCCCCGGGUCCUCGGGAAUCGACUUCCUGCUCAACGGCGCAGGCGAGGGGCUUUCAGCAAUUACAGGCGGGUUCUACGAUAUAAUCUCCUGGGAUCCGCGCGGUGUCGGGUCGGCAGAGCCACUCCUGCGAUGUUUCGACACGGUCGGGGAAGAGAGCAGAGGGUCGGCGAGUCUCCCGCUCGCGGCGGAGAUCGAGUAUACCCAGUUCAGGAAUGCGAGCUAUAUGCUUGAGUUUUACGAGAGGUUGGAGGAGUAUGACAGUGCCGUUGGAGAACUUGCGCGGGAGUGCGCGGAGUAUAAUUCCUCGGCGCUGUAUACGUCGAGCGCGGCGUAUGUCGUGCGCGAUAUGGCUGCCAUCGUUGAUGCGAUUGAAGGGACGAAGAAUGCGAGAUUGAACUACUGGGGCCUGUCAUAUGGGACGAUUUAUGGCGCGGAGUUCAUCCAGACGUUCCCCGAGCGAGUUGGGAGGAUUAUCCUAGAUGGUGUCUUCGAUGCCGAGGCUAAUUCCGAGCAAUAUACAAGCCAGCUCCCGCAUGACGAGCUAUACGUCCGCGACGCGAUAGCAGAUUUCGACACGAUGUGCACUGACGCUGGUACGGAUGCUUGCGCUCUGAGUCUCUCACCAGGAAAUCACUCAACGAACCUUAGCAUCACAACCCGCCUCGCAAACCUCCAGGAAUCCCUCUACCACAACCCCAUCUCGGCCCCCGACGGAACCUGGUCCAUCACAGCUGGAAUCUUCAGCUUCUUCAUGUACUCGUACCUCAAGCUCCCCCCGACAUGGCCGAUCGUUACAUCUGCCGUCCGCGCACUCGAGACCGGGGACUCGGGACCCUUCGCUACGCUUCUCACUGGGGCGACGACGGCCUCUGUAACGAAUGAGAAUGCGCCUGCGACAGGGUCGUUGGCUGGGUGGCCGAUUCAGUGUACGGAUAACGCGCCGUCGAAUCAGACAACUCUGCGCGAGAUCGGCAAACUGAUACUUGAUGUUUCGCUUGCGGAGGAAACGCCGUGGCUGAACGCUGAUUUGUCGACGUUAUCAUUCUGUCGGAAUUUUCCGAAUACACGACCACAGGUGCCGAACCUCGGUGCUGGGAAGCUCACAACUGGGGAAACGAACAAUAUCCUCUUUGCAAAGAAUACAUCUAUCCUGAUCGUGAACGCCCUGCAUGACCCCACAACCCCCGUCUCCUCCGCGAAAAGACUGCACGAGUGGCUUCCGUCAUCUUCGCAGUUACUUACGAGGCGAGGACCUGGGCAUACAACGAUAAGUCUCGGGUCGUUGGGUCUUGUCCAGGCGAUCCGGGAGUAUUUCGUUGAUGGGACUUUGCCGGCUACGCCGGAAGUGCAUGAUGUGAGCCAGAAUGUCUUUCCUGGUGGGGAUGCGGCCGACAGUGCGAAUCCGGAUCCGGUGUUCAAUGAGACACUUAGCGAUGAGGAGAGGAAGCUGUUGGAGGCGACGUACAAUGUGUUUUUGGCGUUUGUCGGAUUGCCGUAG